GUGUGACGUAUAAUGGACUGGACGGGACGCUUCUUCGGGAACAACAACACGGAUACUAUUUCAACCACCUCGAUAGCUUGCUGGACAAGGUAAAACUGAAACAUUGACGUUUUAGGACAUGUUAAUGUACAUUAGCUAAUCGCAGUGUAUAAAACACAUUUCAGUUGACGUUAACUUUAACCUAAUUUGCUUGUUCAAGUUGCAAAUGUGUUAAAGAUUGAUUCUGAGCCUAGCACUAGGCUAAUGCUAACUAGCUUGCUAACUAGCUAGCUAACAUCCCUGACCAUGAGCUCAUUAAACUACUCAUCCCCUGCUGAAGAAGAUGAUGUCUGCUGUCCGGAGAAAGAAGCUCUGGCGCUGAACAUUGUCGUGAAAGACGAAGAGGAGGAUAUUACAGUGGAAGGAGAGAAAGAUGCUCUGGCGCUUUACAUUGUCGUGAAAGACGAAGAGGAGGAGGAUAUUACAGUGAAAGGAGAGAAAGAACCUUUCAGAAUGGAAGAGGAGGAAGAAGAGGCUGUUAUAGGGAAAGAAGAGAAAGCAUCCUCUUCCUCUCUAAAAGGUUCUAUCUCAGUAGAGGUGAAGGAGGAAGACGUUUUGGGAGUGAAAGAGGAGGAGACAGAAUAUCAGAUUAACACCAGAGAGAGACAUGACUAUUGUGGAUCCUCUGGGGAGCCUCAACAACAUCCUGAUGCUGACGAGACAGAGAAGAGUCUCUCCAGAUCAGAACACCAGAUGGACAACGCUAGCCCUUCCUCCCUCCCGGAGUCCCCGUGUCGUGCCUCUCCCGGUAGCACGCUUACUGCUGGGUAUGAAGAGGUUGUCUGUGCUGCUGGUGGACUACAGGAAAACAACGGGGCUGAGUGGAACUGUGAGAGGAGGAGAAGAGAAGAAAGGAUCAGAUUUGACACACCAAAGUCCGUUAACAUCACUGUUACGCCUCUAUGAGGAGGAAACGCAACACCCUGCUACAACGCAACGUGAAGCGAAAGAGGUCUGGGACUGUAGCUGUGAGUAAGGAUGACAAAAGGCAGAGAAUUGACCAUUUACUAGGAAUUUAUUCCUUCACACAUAAUAUGGGGGAAAGGGGGCUGGAUGGAACCAAAGCAAAGAAAUUAAGUAUCAAUGCCCCCUCUCCUAUCUUACCUGCCUAACCACUACUUACCUAACCUCUCCUAUCUUACCUGCCUAACCACUACUUACCUAACCUCUCCUAUCUUACCUGCCUAACCACUACUUAACUAACCUCUCCUAUCUUACCUGCCUAACCACUACUUACCUAACCUCUCCUAUCUUACCUGCCUAACCACUACUUACCUAACCUCUCCUAUCUUACCUGC